GCCGCAGCGAGGGACGUGUCUGGAUACUCAACAGCGUGCACGGGCCGAAGACAUUUCGACGGAGAAGACACUUCUUCUCCUCCAUCAUGUCUUGCAGAAGCACUAGUUGCCUCAUCUGCGUCUUUAUGGCAGUAGCCAUAGCAGCUGACUACAGUGGCUCGAAGUCCACGGCAGACUCGUCCACCGUGUCAGCAGUCGGUGAGGACGGGGAGACGGCGGCCGCGGACCUGGCUGCCCUGCUGGACGCGAGUAGCGGCGCUGUGGUGACUCUGGUGGCGGGCGAGACGCGCCUGGUGGCGCACAGGGCUGUCCUCGCCGCCAGGAGCCCCGUGUUAGCCGCCAUUUUUGCCCAAGACGCGCCGAAGGCCAGCGGCGGCCAGGUCAGCGUCGCGGACGUGGAGGACCCAGCGCUGCGCCACCUCGUGGCCUACUGCUACACCCUACGGGUCCCCCAGCUGCGCAGCACGGCCCACCAGCUGCUGGCCGCCGCUGACAAGUUCGGCUUGCCAGCUCUCAAGUCUGCCUGCGAGCAGCAGGUGGCCGCGCAGUUGUCCACGGAGACUGCGGCGGCCGCAGCUGUGGUCGCAGUCAGGCACGGCUCUGACAGCCACAGGCAGGCCGUCGUGGCCUUCGUAAAGGCCCACCUGCUGCACGUGGUGGCCACCCGGGGUUGGACAGAGGCGAUGCAAACCCACCCCGAGGACUUGCUCGAAGUGAUUCGGCUGAUGUCUCGUCCAUCAAACGAGACCGAGAGACUUUCGGGAAGAGAGAAGGGCAGGAGGCUGCUGGAAGCAGCUCAGCAGUCACGAAUGUCGGAAAUGCGAGCCCUGCUGGCCGCAGGUGCGGACGUGGGGGCGACGGACGGCGACGGUUGGACCGCCCUGCACUGGGCGGCAAGAAAUGGACAGGCGGAGAUGGCCAAGUGUCUGCUGGCUGCAGGGGCAGACGUCGAGGCCAGGGGGCAGUGGGAAUGGACCGCCCUGUUCUGGGCAGCACGACAGGGGCAGGUGGAGGUGGCGAAGGCUUUGCUUUCCGCAGGGGCUGACCUGGAGGCGAGGGACAUCUGGCAGAACACGCCCCUGUUCCUGGCUGCAAUGACUGGACACACGGCUGCCGUGCGCUUUCUGGUGGCGUCCUGUGCCGACCCCAACGCCACGGAGGAGAAUGCGACGACUCCGCUGCACUGGGCAGCGUACAAUGGGCACGCAGAUGCAGCAGCUGCACUGUUGGAGGCAGGCGCCGACAAGGGGGCCAGGAAUAGAUUUGGGCGCACCCCUCAGGAUGAGGCCAGGAAAUGGAACGACCGGCAGCUGAUAAACAUGCUUAGCUGAAGCCAGCACUCCAGAAUAAUGUCUGUUGUGUAUAAACAGCUGCGUUUUUUGAAAUAAAUUAUACAAAAAUA